AUGCAUUACCGACAGAAAUGGACCCACUCUCUCACUGUCUUGCCCUCCUUCCCUCUCUGUGUAGGGUCUUUGGAAGACGCAUUUAUAGUCCAGGUCGGCAAGAAUGCAUAUUUGCCCUGCAGGUACACUCUACCUAGCUCUGGGACACCUGUACCCGUGUGCUGGGGCAAGGGACCCUGCCCUUGGUCACAGUGUAGCAAUGGGGUUCUCAGCACGGAUGAAAGAAAAGUGACAUAUAAGAAAUCCGGAAGAUACCAGCUCAGGGGGAAUUUCCUCAAAGGAGAUGUGUCCCUGACCAUAGAGAAUGUGACUGUAGAUGACCAAGGGAUCUACUGCUGCAGGGUGGAAUUCCCUGGUCUAGGGAAUGAUGAAAAGUCAAACCUGCGAUUAGUCAUCACACCAGCCAAGUUCAUCCCAGCUGCAACUGCUCGUGGAGACCCUACUACAACUUCUGCAAGAACUCUGACCACUGAGGCAGAUUACUCAGAGACACAGACUCUGGGGACCCUCUAUGAUAAAAAUCAAACACAGAUUUCCACAUGGGCGGAUGAUAUGAAGGACUCUGGAGAAACCAUCAGAAUGGCUAUCUACAUUGGAGUAGGGGUCUCUGCUGGGCUGGCAUUGGCUCUUAUCUUUGGUAUUUUAAUCCUUAAAUGGUAUUCUUAUAAGAAAAAGAAGCUACAGAAUUCAAGCCUCAUCACACUGGCCAACCUCCCUCCAGUGGGGCUAGCGAAUGCAGGAGCAGGCAGGAAUCGAUCUGAGGAAAAUAUCUAUACCAUCGAGGAGAACAUCUAUGAGAUACAGAAUUCAGAUGAGUACUACUGUUACACCAGCAGUGGGCAGCCAUCCUGACCAUCUCUGGGCUGUCACUUUUUAAAGCUCCCCUUCAUUUUUGACUUCGGUAUUUUCCUUUCUGAAAACUAUGAGAUAUGUCACUCAAAAAGCUUUGAGGUUUCUGUGCACAGCCACUGAGAAAAGUGUUCCUGUUUCCUAGGGAUAAUUAGCUCAUAAGGGGAUUCAACUGUAACCUAUGCUAUAUUGAAAUGUACCAUUACCUCUGAGUUCAGGGAUAGGAUCUUCCAACCCAGAGACUGCUAAUCAUGGAUGUUGAAGCUCACAUGUACUUUCACACAUUAAGAAUUCUUUGUCUGAUGUCUCUGGAGCACUGGGACAGUCAGGAUUGUUAUAUGUCCACAAGGCUCCUGGAAACAUAGGGGGAAUAUUAGGCUAAGAUAGAUAGGUGCAAUUCUCUGUGGAUGUAGGCAACCUAAGGCGUUGGUGGCACAUGCUUUUAGUCCCAGCACUCGGGAGGCAGAGGCAGGCAGAUCUCUGUGAGUUCGAGUCCAGAAUGGGCUACAAGACCUAGUUCUAGGACAGGCUCCAAAGCUACAAAGAGAAACCCUGUCUUGAAAAACCAAACUAAACCAAACAAACAACAAAACAAAACCAAACCAAAGCAGAUCCCUGGGGCUUGGUUGCCUGGCAGCUUAGCGUAGUUGGUAAGUUCCUACUCACUGAGAGCCCCUAUCUCAAAAUAAGGUUGACUGUGAUCCUGAGGAAAGAUAAUAUGUCUUCACACACAUAUGUAAAUAUACCUACACACACACACACACACACACACACACACACACACACACACACACACGGUUACAUAUGCAAGAAAUAAAGGAAGGAAGGAUCAGAACAGGACUAGCAGUAGUGAAGGUUUUACGCCCAGGACAUGGGACCCCCAAACACAACCACCACACACAGAGGUUUAUUUAAAAAAAUUAACUUGAGUUAGGGUCACCCAGCAGCACUCCCAUGCAGAGGGUGAGAAGAGGGUCCUGAACCCACAGGGGAGUGAGCUGGGAAAAACUUCAAGCUAAGGCAGUGCAAGCCUUGGGUGUGUACUUCGUGGGUCAAUUGGCCCUGGGGUUAAGUAAGCAUUUGGAAUUUUCCACUAGAGCAUCUGGUGACCUAUUGGGACAUGUGGUGACCAUAAUAAGAUGUCUGUUUCCUAAGGGUCAGGCUGAUUCAGCAGGAUAUGAGGGUCCUGGAACGACUUUUAGUUGUUUGAGUUUUUUUUUUUUUUCCUCUCGAAAGCUGGGUUCAGGGAUGGAUCUGCAGCUUCUCAAGAUAGUGUCCAGUCUAAAAUGGUGUUAGUCUUGCCUGCUAGUGCCUGGCCUCUUGGCGGUUCUCUCUGGGCCUGCUGCCUCUUUAUGAUGUGUAUCUUUACAUCCUGUGUGGGAUCGUGGUGGUGCAGACCUGUGAUUAAUUCCAGCACUCGAAGACUGAAGAAGGAGAGUUUGUGAGCAUCCUGUGCUACAACAGCCAGACCCUCCUUCAUGAAAAGAAAAGGUUCCUCACUGGCCCGUGACUAUAAAAGGAAACUCUUUGCCAAAGUCCAACCUUGCUUGUUGUGUGCUGAAGGGGAAGUGCCUUGGGCAACUUCUCCUGUCAAGCUCACAGAGGAAACUGGAGCUGUGUUUUUCACAGAAGAAGAACCAGUGACUGGGGCACACAUUUUCCUUGCUGACAGAAAGAAGGCAGAGGCCUGGUGGCAGUCUGUAUAGUCAGCCUCAGCUCCUUUGGUAGGACAGUGGUCACCAACCCAAAUAUCUGAGCUAGUGGAGAUGGAUUUUGUCUGGCUUAUGGUGAUAUGCUCCCACGGCUUGAUCUGUGUUGGCUCCCAUAAUGUAACAGAACCUAAUUAAAGCAGCCCAGAGUGGAAAAAUUAAAUGAGCAGAAAGAUAGCUUUGUCGAAAGAUUUUUGCACUGAGGAACUGCUGUGUAGAUCAGACGACAUUUGUAGAUCAGAGGACAGAGGCGUCUGCCUGUUUGCACAAGUUUUUCUUGUAUGAAUUUUGUUGUUUGGGCUACAUCUAUCUAGUCGUGGCUUUCUUAGGUGGGUAUGGAAGGGAGAGAAGUAGACAAAAAUCAAAUAGAGAUAAUAACUCUCACGCAGCUGAGCAAAGUAUUCACAAAUGUUUUAAAGUUGUGAAACUAUUGGGGAAGGACUUUGAGCAUAUUUAAACUGGAUCUAUGGUUUCCUCCAUCAAUGUUCUCAUUGGACAAAGACUCUAAGCAAGGGCAUUGAAACAAAGUUGAUUGCUGUGUUAGUAUUUGCAGGGGACUUUUUACAUCAGUGGGGUGGGGUGGUUGUUUAUGUGGUGUGAUAGUUUAUUGACUGCAAUUUGACAGGUUCUAAAAUCACCUUGGAGAUGAAUUUCUGGUGAUCUGGGAGGCAUUUUCUAGAUUAUGGUAGUUGAGGUGGGAAGACCCACUGUAAAUGUGGGUGGGGUCAUUCUAUGGGCUAGUGUCUUGAACUGCAUGAAAAGAGAAAGAAAAUUUAGCACCAGCACCCAUCUCUUCCUGCUUCCUGACUACCAUUGCUAUGUGACCAGCAUGUUCUUGUUCCUACUGCCAUGUCUCCCCACCAUGAUGGACCAUGUCCU